AAAUAAGAGUGCGUCUGUGGAUGCAUUUGCUUAAUAUCUACAUUUUUGAGUAAUGAGCAACUCAGGCAGCAUCUCUGGCCAUGCCAUCACCGGUUUUCUUCUGUUUGUUGUGGUCAUCUGUGUCGGCUUCUUGCUGCCUCAUGAGUCGAGGGUGACUUACUUUCGCUCUCAAUGGAUGGUAAACUAUACCAAAACAGAGCCAACUCCAUUGCCAAAAGAUGAACUAGAAGCAUCGCUGGAGAGGCUCUCAAUGCCCAACAAGACCCUCAUCAUCGCAGUGCUCAACAAGGCAUACAUCGAACAAAACGGCAUGUUGCAGCUCUUCCUUCAGGGCUUUCGAGAAGGCCAUGACACUUGCUUUCUGAUCCAUCAUCUCCUCUUCGUUGCGGUGGACCAGGCUUCCUUCGACCAUUGCCUUGCCCAGCACCUCAACUGCUACAAGCUUGUCGCAGAUGGCGUCGACUUCUCCGCUGAGGCGUUCUACAAUUCGAACGAGUUUCUUGAUAUGAUGUGGAGGAGGACCCAAUUCCUUGGUGAUGUUCUCAGGCGUGGAUACAGCUUCAUUUUCACAGAUAUGGAUGUGUUGUGGCUACGGAAUCCGUUCUCGAAGCUACAGUAUGAAGGGGAGGAUAUGCUAAUGAGCAGUGACUGGUUCAAUGGCAAUCCCUUUGACGACUCCAACUUCUUCAACACAGGGUUCUACUUUGCGUCCCCGAACAAUGGAACUAUAGCUUUGUUCGAUGAAUGGUAUGCAUCUAAGAACUCAUCGGGAAAGAAUGAUCAAGAUACGUUGCUGCAGAUGAAGAGGGAUGGAGUCUUUAGGAGGCUGGGGCUGAAAGUUAGGUACCUGGACACAAAUUCCUUCACCUGUUUCUGCCACAAGAGUAAGGAUUUUGGUGAAGUAGUCACAGUGCACGCGAAUUGUUGUGUGACUGUGAAGGCCAAGCUUACAGAUCUCACAGCUGUGCUCGAGGUUUGGAAAGCUAACAACGGGACAUCAAAUGUGACAUGGCCGGCAGAAACUGGGUUUUGCUUGUGAAUCAACGAGUUUAGCAAGUUAAUGAAUCAGAAAGGUUGUAGCAAUUCACCAGAGAGGAAAAAAAAGGUUAUGACAAGAUUUUUUUUUUUCAGUAAGACACACCUAGGUGUGUUAUGAUUUGUAACUCAUACAAAAAUAUCAUUUUCUGCUGGAGUUCAUGUCCAAUACUGACCUAAUAAUGAAUAAAUCUCAUUUUACACCCAAAAA